AUGGAGAUUCUUGAGAAAUCAAAGGUUUGGGGGAUUGAUAAGAAAGUUUUCUCCAUCACAGUAGACAAUGCUAUUAACAAUGAUACAAUGCAGGACAUGGUCAAAUCUCAGCUUACGAUCAGAGAUGAUUUGUUGUGUGGAGGAGAGUUUUUCCAUGUUAGAUGCGCAGCACACGUUCUUAAUAUCAUUGUUCAAUGGGUGCUGGACACAAUUGGUGAUUCAUUAGAUAAGAUUAGGGAAAGUAUCAAGUUCUUUCAAGGAUCUUCACAUCCUGAGGUGUUAUUUGCAAAGUGUGUUGAGAAUGUUGGUUUCAAUCUGAAGGCUGGUUUGCUGUUGGAUGUUAAAACAAGAUGGAACUCUACAUACAAAAUGCUUGACAGGGCUCUCAAGUAUCGAGCUGCAUUUGGUAAUCUGAAAGUUGUAGAUCCCAAAAACUACAAGUUUCACCCAUUAGAAGAGGAAUGGCAUCGAUUGAAGCAACUAAGUAAUUUUUUAGAGCCUUUUGAUGUGAUCACUAAUCUUAUCUCAGGUUCUACAUAUCCAACUUCUGACUUAUACUUUAUGCAAGUUUGGAAGAUCCAAAGCUGGCUGACAAUGAAUAAGAGGAACCAAGAUGCAGUAAUCAGAGAAAUGAUUGUGCCAAUGAAGGAGAGGUUUGAUAAGUACUGGGCAGAAGUUAGUGAUACUUUUGCAAUGGCUGUGUUUGAUCCGAGGUUGAAGCUGAACUUGCAGAAUUCUGAUUUCUUGGCCUUUCGUAAAUCAACUGUGGUUGUCAGUGGGAAGUCAGCUUUGGAUUUGUACCUUGAGGAACCUGCAUUGGAAAUGAAUGGUCUUGAGAGUUUGGACAUUCUUAGAUAUUGGAAAGAAAACUCUUCAUGGUUUGGAGAUUUGGCUUCCAUGGACCGUGAUCUUCUUAGCAUUCCCAUCUCGACUGUAGCUGCUGAAUCUUCUUUCAGUAUUGGUAAUAGAGUUCUUAACAAAUAUAGAAGCCGCCUUCCACCAAAGAAUGUUCAAGCAUUAAUCUGUUGUCGCAAUUGGUUAAAGGGCUUUGAAUCUUAUGAAGGAGAAGAAGAUGAAGUAUUUGAUGGUGAAGUUGAGACAAAAGCUGCCAACCAAGAAGAAGAUUGA